AUGUUCACCUUCCACAAUGAAUUUUUGAAUAUCCAGACCCACAUUGCAGCGUUCGCGUAUAGCUGCUGGAACUGGUCGUCUGGCACCGAAGACUUGGGGGAAACUUUGCUCCUCGUCGCUGGACUAUUUUGCCUUGCUGCGAGCGUCAUAGGCCACCUCAUGUCCGGAUGCUCAGACCAGCACACAAUGCAACUCUGUAACCGCGUGGACUAUGCCGGCAUUUCAUGGCUACUUUGUGCUUGUAAUGGCUCCCUCGUGUACUACGGCUACGCUUCUCGACCCAGCAUCGCCUAUCCUUUUGUGGCAGUCUCCGUGAUGAUGACCUUCGCGGGAAGUGUACUGCCGUUCGUUUCGUGGUUCAAUCAACAUGAAUAUCGACACUGGCGUAUCUCGUUCUUUGUCGCGCUGCAGAUUACUGCUAUUACACCAGUCAUAGGAAUCUACGUUCUAUAUGGCCUCCAGGGCAUAGACGAUUUCUUCUCUCCUUUCAUCCGCCCUAUCUUGAUCAGCGCGCUGGGCAUCUUCUUCUACUCGACUCACUCUCCGGAGCGGUUCCUUGACCCCGAUGGAGCUUGGGCAAAACGGUUCAACUCCGUGGGUUUCGGGUCCCAUGCAAUCUGGCAUGUCCUCAGUGCGACCAGCAUCCUCGACUGGGCGCGUGCGAUGCGUGUCGUUCGCUAUAGCUUCACUAAUCGUACUUGA